AUGUCUUUGCCCUCCACCGUGCAGCUCAACUGCGGCCAGACGCUUCCGGGCAGGUAUGCAAAGUCUGCCCUGAGUGAGCACCUUUCGGACGAUCAUGGCAUCCCCCUUCCCGAGUACAUCAACCUUUAUAAACAUUUUGCAAGUCAGCCAGGCGUCGGUCUAGUGAUUUCGGGCCACAUGAUGGUUUCGAGGGAAGGACGAGGAGAACUGGGGAACGUUUGCUUCUCUAAGAGCGACUUUGAGAAUGCUGAGACACCCUUGAUAUCUCAGCUCAAGAAAACUGUAGAGGCCUCACGCAAAGGGAACCCUGAUGUCAAGUUGCUGGCGCAAAUAAACCACUGCGGAAGACAGAUACCGAAAAAAGUCUUGAAGGCCAACUUCACUGAAGAUAGCAAGUCUCACUACAAAGGCAAGGCCAUCUCCUUUUACGACCGCGCAUGUCCAGGGCUCUCGCUGAUGUUCCCCAAACCUCUAUGCAUCAAGGAUGAGCUUCCAUUCUUUGAAAAGGGAGAUGCUGCCAAUUCGCCUAUUCUGAACGAGCUCGUGGAGGAGUAUAGCCAGACGGCUGAAUGUGUGGUCCACAAAUGUGGGUACGACGGGGUCCAACUUCACACAGCUCAUGGAUAUCUGAUGAGUGAUAUAGUCACCAAUGGAGGCUGGGCUGUGUUUAGAAAGACUCUAGAAGCAUGUCGAGCGAAAAUCGGGUCUAGUUCUAUUUUGGGCGUUAAAAUUAACAUUCCCGACACGGAUUUGUCUGUCAAGGAGUACAGUGAUAACCUUAUUGCGAUCGCUAAUGACGAAGCAAUCCUCCUUGAUUUCAUCGAGUUUUCAGCUGGGAGCUAUAGCAAGCCUGUGAUGAUGUCCUCGGCUGGACACUUCACUCUGGACUUUGGAACCAUUUUCAGGCAAGCCCUAGAAACUACCAAGUCGGGUUGCAAGGUUAUGGUUACAGGACGAUUCACAUCUGCGGAGAUGGCAGACAAGGCAAUUAGUGAGUCCAAGGUGGAUCUGGUUGGCUUUGGCCGCGCAUUCUGCCUCCCCCAGCCGUUUGACGAAAGCACGACACGCAUCAUCCGUGGAGGGCUGCCACUUUCCAAGUUCUCUGCGUCCAUCAUUUAUCAGCUGGCAAAGCUAGUGCCGAUGGUUUCGACCGGCCCCAACACCAUGUAUUGGGCGGGCUGGAUGGCUAAAGUUGCACGCGGCGAAGUCUCCACAAACAAGGAGGUUGAGGACUACAAGAUAAAGGGCACGGGCCUCACUUGGUAUAUCUCCACGCUGAUGAAACUGUAA